AUUGAGGUGGAGGCACCGCCGAGGCAGCCUGCGACAGAAAAACAAACGAGGAUAGGUCGAGCAGUUGCACAGCACUCAGUCCAUGUUUUAAAAGAAAAAAGAUAUAGUAAAAACCCAAAGGAUAUGUGGAUUUAAACGCUAUUUUUUUCGUUUUUACGCGGUUUCAGUUACUUCUUCUUCUGUUUUCAUUUCGGCAGAGUGACCGUUUGCCCAUUCUAUCUGGAGUGAGCACUAAGGAGGACUCCAUGAAAGAUGACGGAGGAGGUGAUUGUUGUAGCCAAGUGGGACUACACGGCCCAGCAGGACCAGGAACUUGACAUCCGUAAAAACGAGCGUCUCUACCUGCUGGACGACUCCAAGACCUGGUGGCGAGUCCGCAACGCCGGAAACCAGAUGGGCUACGUGCCGUCCAACUACGUUGAGCGCAAGAACAGCCUCAAGAAAGCCUCGCUGGUGAAGAACAUCAAAGACACACUGGGUUUGGGUAAAACUAAGAGGAAGACGAGCGCCCGAGAUGCUUCCCCGACGCCGAGCUCAGACACAGAGUUCCCCUCUAACGGCAGUGGGGGGGGCGGAGGAGGAGGAGGAGCUGCUGAACGCAUCUACGACCUCAACAUACCCGCCGUGGUCAAGUUCGCCUACGCAGCGGAGCGGGAGGACGAGCUGACCCUGAUGAAGGGCUCCACGGUGGUGGUGAUGGAGAAGUGCAGCGACGGCUGGUGGCGGGGCAGCCAGGAGGGCCGGGUGGGCUGGUUUCCCUCAAACUACGUCCUGGAGGAGAUGGGUGGGGCGGACGACCGGGAGGAGGGAGACUUCUCGCAGAGUUACCAGGGGCGCGGGACUUUGCUGGCCAACGGGCGAGCGGGCGGAGGAGGCGCUGCGGUGCUCCAUCUGGUGCAAACACUCUACCCCUUCAGCUCUGUGACGGAGGAGGAGCUGAACUUUGAGAAGGGAGAGGUGAUGGAGGUGGUGGAGAAGCCGGAGAAUGACCCCGAGUGGUGGAGGUGUAAGAACUCGCGUGGCAUGGUGGGCCUGGUGCCUAAGAACUAUGUGGUGGUGCUGGACGAGGGCCCGACCUGCCCCCCUCCUAUGUCCAGCUCCCCGCAGAAGCGCUCCGUGGCACCGGCCAGCUCGGGGAGGUUCGCCGGGCGGGACUGGUACUACGGCAACGUCACACGAUACCAAGCCGAGACCAUCCUCAACGAGAGGGGGGAGGAGGGGGACUUCCUCGUGCGAGACAGCGAGUCAUCGCCCAACGACUUCUCCGUGUCUCUGAAGGCGUCCGGUAAGAAUAAGCACUUUAAGGUGCAGCAGACGGAGGGCGUGUUCUGUAUCGGCCAGCGCAAGUUCAGCUCCAUCGACGAGCUGGUGGAGCACUACAAGAAAGCCCCCAUCUUCACCAGCGAACACGGAGACAAGCUGUACCUGGUCAAAGCGCUGCUGUGAUUCACACACCCUCCCACCUACACUGGAUCUCGCACACACACACAAAUACACACACACACACACACACACACACACACACACACACACACACACACACACACACACACACACACACACA